AAUGGGCUGGAUAACGUAUUUUUUUUAAAACGCAAAAAUUAAAAGAAAAAAUCAAAUCAUAACAUUGGGCUCGUUGCUGCAUGCAAAGUAAAAAGUAGUAAAGAACCAAUAGGAGAACCAAGCAUAUUUAACCGGCUAUUAACUGUCGCAGCACGUAAAGAUUUGCCUAUGUCAAUUUUUAAACAAGGCAUGAUGAGAAAGCCAGAUAAAACAUUCUUUUGCAAAGUAAUAAGGUGCGACGAAGAUGCUGUUAAAUAUGAAGAUAUCAAGACUUCAAACCACUAUGAUUUAGAUUGUGGUGCAUUGCUACAUAGAGUUAGAUGGUUUAAAGGAAUGAAAUUCAAUGUUGUAGCAGAUGUUUAUUCAAGUUUUAUAAAAAUAAAUUACCAAGGAUUCGUCACGGCUAUUUUUGACGGUUACCAAGAUGAAGGCACAAAGAGUCACGAGUAUCUACGCAGAGAUUCUAUUCCACAAAGCUGCAAUGUAGUAAUUAACAAAAAUAAACAUGUGCCGUUUACUCAGGAUCUUUUUCCAAGUAAUAUUGAAAACAAAGCCAAUUUCAUAAACUUUCUUUCACAUCAUUUAAAUCAAUUGGGGUAUUUGACUGUAAACUGCCCUGGUGAUGCUGAUAGCACCGUUGUUAAAACCGCUCUCGAUAUUGCAAAUACAACCUUGCAGCAUGUAACUGUUGUGACUGAUGACACAGAUAUUGCAGUGAUGUUUAUUUAUCAUUGGAAAAGCAACAUAUCUGAUAUUUACUUUUUGCAAGAUAAAUGGGAUAAAGCUUGGAGUAUCAAGGACGCUUGUUUAAAAAACAAAACCAUAAAACAACACCUGCUCUUUAUCCAUGAAUAUCCAUGGUUGGGGUGUUACACUAUUUCGUCUGUGUUUGGAAAAAGUAAAACAAAACUAGUUGAAAGAAUCUCGGACGAAAUAUGACAAAAAAUAUCAGAAGUAAUAACAAGUCCAUGGAGUAAUCAAGAAGAAGUUGGAACGCCUCAAUUAAAGGUUAUAUUUUGUUAUAUGGAGGAACAAAGGGAAGCACACUUGCAAAUUGAGGUAUAAUAAAUACAUCGAUUUAGCAUUGAAGGGUAUAAUAUCGCCAGAGAAACUUCCUACUGAUAAAGCUGCUUACUUCCAUGGCCUGCGCGCGCAUUGUUAAAUAAUAUUAUAGUCACUGAUUAAUGACAGUUAACUAUCACCAUUUAUCUUUAUUAUCACAUAUAAAUAUUUCUACAAAAUAUCAUUCGUAUAUUUGCUUAUCUAUUUCCUGUAAAGCAAUAAAAUUGAAGAAGAAAAUUAUAAAGAUAACGAUAGGAACAUAUUAUUUUUACCUGAUUUCUAAAUCCAGAAAUAUUAUAAAAAAAAAAACGAUUUAAUUUAGAUUUAAUUAAAUGUGACAAAGGACCAUUUUAAUGAAAGCUUUUAUUCAACUUUCAAAACCUUUAUUUUAAGACAUUAGUGUCUUUCAAAAAGUUUUUUAGCAUAAAAAAUGCUUUAAAAUGGUAAAUAAUAAGUCAAUUUUCAAAAAUAUAACUUUUUGACCAUUUUGGGCAUUCGUCAUUUAGAAAUUGAGCCCAAAAAAGGAGGGUUCUCCUAUUGGGAAUCGUGGGGCAUGUUUUUUACGUGAUCUAUAUAUCUUAGGGAAUUACUGGGCAAAGUUUCAGCUUUAUAAAAAAUUUUUACCAAAAAUAAUCUUAUUCGACUGGACUACUAUCAAACUCGGAAAAAAUGCAAAUUAAGAAAAUAAGCAAAACGUAAAACAUUUUGUAAAAAGAGCUAUAGUGAGAUGUUAUUUUUUUAAACUUUUUAAUUAUAAGCUUACUAAAACUAAUUUUAAAGGGUGUUUUGAUAAUGGAAAAUUAUACAACAUCUACAUUGUCUAUAAUUUUAUAUUUAUAAACUUUACCACACACAAAAAAACAAAAAUUUAAAAA